AUGGACGUCCUCGGCCCUUCAAUUCGUAUCCCGGCGCCGCGGUUCAAGACCGCGGCGCCCGUCGUUCGCUGCGCGCCCACACGCCCCGACCACGUACAAGACGCGGCGGGUAUCCCGGCGCCGCGGUUCAAGACCGCGGCGCCCGUCGUUCGCUGCGGGGCGUGUCCCCCGUCCUUCCUCGCUCUUCGCCCGCGCCCUGCACUCAAAACGGGCGGCCGUAUGGCCGCCCGCGCGCAGGCCCUGUCCGCCGUCCUCCCCCACCUCCUUGCCGCCCUCGACCUCGCCGUCCUGCCGUCUGACCGCCUCCCCGACACCCUCAACGCGCCGAGGACGUCCAUUGGGACGUCCUCGGCCCUUCAAUUCGUAUCCUGGCGCAGCGGUUCAAGUCCAUGCUGCUACAUGUGGGUGCCCUAG